AUGGAGAGCCCUGUGGACCUCUGUUUUACUCAAGAAGGAUGUAGCAGCAGCAUAGUUCUUGAAAAACGAGUGUUUAGAUCCAAGGUGCCAGAAUCGCAUGUUCAGCUUGCUUGUAGCCUGCAUUAUUGUGCUUUUCCUAUGAAUGGGAAUGAACUUUGCAUUUUGAAUACUACUGAUGAACCUAACCAUCAGCCAUUACACUUAAUAGGUCAUCACCAUUCAAUUACUGCACUGGCAUUCGGGAACAAACUCAAUCCACUUCUCAUUUGCUCUGCUUCCCAUGACUAUGUGAUAGUGUGGAAUCUGGAUGAAUGUAUGAAGAAAGUGCUGCAAGGGUUCAUGCCACAAGGCAUUGUUAUAGGAACACUUUUGGGAAUGGUGCUGUAUGUCCGAUUUAGUCCAGAUGAUCAAACUGUGGCAGUAUGUGCUGGGAAUCGGAUAUACAUGCUAAAUGCAAAGAAUGAAGCUAUAGUUGCUGAAUUGGAGGGCCACCUGGCUCCAGUAACGGCUGCUGAAUUUUGUACAUGGGAGACAAAUAUACUGAUAUCUGUUUCUGAAGACAGAAGCUUUAAGGUCUGGGACUAUUGUACUGGACUCUUAAUAUACCGAUCAGCAAUAAUAACAGCAUUUCCUCUUCUAAGUCUCUACAUUGAUGAAGAAAACAAACAGUUUAUCACUGGCUGUGGCGAUGGACAGCUAUGGAUCUUCAGCUUGAUUAGUGGGCAUCAGUAUCGUUGUGUGGCACAUAUCGACAUAAAGAAAGAAAGAGAGAAAUUCUGCAGAAUUAGGAAAUCUGGACAUUUCGACGAGAUUCAGGAUAGUCCUAAAAUGAAUACUCCAAAUGAUUUAAGAAAUAAAGAAAUGGUUGAAGCCACCUUUCCCAUUCUCAGAAUUGAGCAUUGUGACAAGUCCACAAGUGUAGGUGAUGAAUUACACAAUUUUCCUGCUGUGAAUGCCCAUUGUUUGUGGAUAGGAAGCUCUACUGGUUUAUUCAUAAUUAAUAUGGCCAAUUUUGAGUUGGAAGCUGUUUUACAUUAUAAAGAUUUCAGUGCUCUCAGCAUUCAGUUUGUGGGAUCAUGUGCUUUAAUGAGGAAGGCAACCAAUGGUAAGGUUCUUUGUUUGCUAACUUCAAUGUUUGAGAACAGAAUUUCCUUACUGGAAAUUAGUGUCGCUGCCCUGUUGAGAUCCCAGCAGAAUGAGUUCCUUGCGAGUGGAAGAGAGAAAGACCUUUCAGUUGUUGCCAGGUGCUCUCUUCUGCCGAACUCUCCCUUGCGUCCAAAGAAAGAAAAAAGCAAACUUGCAUAUAAAAAAGGUAUGAAAAGCAGAAUAAAAGACCAGCCUCUGGUUUUCCAUAACAAAAUUAAGUCAUCAGGUUACACAUCAGCACCACAUAUGACUAUGUUUUCUCAAAAACCUAAUGAAAAACUGAAGAGCAAGAGAAGCCACAAAUUAAGAAAUAAAGAAGACUAUCCACUUGCUAAAUCUCCCCCAACAAAAUCUGAGAGACUGAUUACUGUAGCUGAUAAAUCAACAGCCGUAUGUUGUAUUCAGUAUUCAGGAGAUGGAGAAUUGUUGGCUUGCGGCUUAGCUGACAAAACUUUGUUAGCAUUCAAUUCCAACUUAACAGGAACACCAACUGUUUAUUCAGGGCAUGAUGGUGCUAUUAAUUCAGUUGGUUGGAGCCAUGACAAGAGUUGGCUUGUUUCAUCUUCUGAAGACAGAACAUUAAGGAUCUGGUCAGUCAGCAGUGCAGAGCCUACGUUAUGUCUGGGAAAGGAAAUAUUUCAAAAGGCUAUCCGCUCAGCCCAGUUCUAUUACAUAGAUGCAUUUAUUUUACUAUCAUGCGGUGCAGAGUUUUACUUGUUAAGUUACUAUCUUGACACCAGCAAAGAUGAAGUGAAAAGAUACAGAACAAAGUGUAUUUGCAAAUCAAUACAGAAAUUUCCUAUGGAAUCUACAGUGGAAAUUACCAGCCUUUCAGCAGUAAAUGAAUUCUAUUCUUAUAUUGUACUGGCAGCUGGUAGCAACCGAGCACUAGAAGUCUUUGACCUCAAUGUGGGCUGUAGUGCUGCAGUGAUAGCCGAUGUUCAUUCUAGAUCAGUUCACCAGAUCUGUCAAAAUAAGGGGUCAGCUUUUAGCUGUCAGCAGUAUGAAGCUUACAAUCUUUUUUUAACAACAGCAAUUGGUGAUGGUAUUAAACUGUGGGAUCUGAGAACGCUGAGGUGUGAGCGUCGUUUUGAAGGACACAGUAACCGCUGUCACCCUUGUGGAAUUGCUGUUUCUCCUUGCGGACAGUAUAUUGCCUGUGGAUCUGAAGAUAAAUGCGCUUACAUAUAUGAGAAGCAUUCAAGCACCUACUCCUAUAAAUUGACAGGACACACAGAAUCUGUAAUUAAUGUGGCUUUUAACCCUUCAUCUCCUCAGGUAGACGAGAGCGCGAACUGUCAGAUCGGAAUUGGGAAUUAUGUCAUAGCCGCGGCGGAACGCGUUCAAAAGCGUUUCCUCCGCUGGCUGAUUGACAGCCCUCGCAGGGACAAGGAGCCUAUAUAA